UCCAGUUGUACGUACAGAAGUGCCAAGCCUCGUGCCGAGUAGACGCAGUCCCAUGGCAUCAUCGACGCACUUGCCCAAGGCGCCGACCAGCAAGAUUCAUGAAUUCGAGUCAGACAAGGAGAACUUCCCGCCAUGCACCAAAGUGGGAGCCACGAAGGACAGCACCAGACUCAUUGCCUCCAAACCCGACAAGGCCGUGUCAACUCCUUGCAACUUGAAAGGUAGCUGGUCAAUCGAGGACGACGUCAAGAUGCGGUCGUUGGUGUAUGAAUAUGGAACGAAGAACUGGAACGAAAUCGCCUCGCAUUUUACACACAAGAGCGGUCGCCAAUGCCACGAACGAUGGAAGCAAAUGGGCAGCACAACGAUGCUGGAGACGCCGAAGAAGGCGGCGAGUGGGUAUGCUGGCAACUUUGACUUCACCAAAGCUCUCGCGGUCAUCAAGAAGAAUGUCGCGAGUGGUUCUGCCGUAAAAAGCACCCCUACACCAUCAUCAUCUCAGCCAUUCCGCGGUCGCAAUCAAUUCCCUGGCAUUUUGGGAAAAGCGACGCCGCCACACCCCUUGUCAUCCCACGCUCCGUAUUCCGCGAGUCCACGCCUCGGCAAAGUGAACAAGCUCCACAGUAUUGCAAACAAGCUGAAAAUCCGCCAAGAGCUGCUCAGUGCCGAGAAAGUCGUCACCCCCAAACACCACAAGAACCAACGCCCGAUGUCUCCCGUGCAUGCAACUCCACAGAAGCAGCGAAACAAAGCCAUGUUGGGCCCAUGGAGCACUCUCUACGGCGUCGAUGCCGACGACAUUGAGUGUGUGACGUUCAUCAAGCGCCCCCCGCCGCCCCCCCCAGGGUACAUGCCGCGCCGGGUCGUGCCAGAGCUCAAGCGUCGACGACAGGGCCAUGAACUCAACAGCCAAAUGUCUACUGGCAACGUACCUUGGAUGCACUGGUCAGGUGAAGCGUUGGAGCGUUCGUUGAUCGAGAUGAUUGCGUGGCGGUAUGACCAACCACCGUCGUCUCAACUCGGCCAAUUCGCGGCGGUGAAUCGAGCGAUCAAGAAGCGUCGUCGAUCCAGUCCCACGACAACAGCGUCGUGAGGAGUUGUGAAGUGUAAUGUAGAAAACAAAGCAGGAUAGCCAAGUAGGUACGCUGUACACAUUCGCGAUAAAAUAUGUAAGUACAUCAGUCAAUGGAUG